AUGGCGGACAAAUCUCCAGAUUACGUGGGUUGUUUGUCAAUGUACUGCAACUUAUUCAGAAAAAUUCUACUAUUAAAGACGAAACAGAAGGAGAAGAAUGGGGUAACGUCAUAUUGCACGGGCCGCCUUCCAUUAGAGCUCGAAUCUAAUAUUCUCGAAAGGAUAUCGGUUGAACCCCUCCUCCGUCUCAAGUGCGUUUGUAAGCGUUGGCGUGAUGAAAUCAAAAGCCCGUGCUUCAUAAAAUCUCACAUUGGCCAAUUUCAAAUUCAUAAUGCAAAUUCCACCUCAUUCAUCCUCUUUUCACCAUCUCAUUUAUAUUCGACAAAUUUUCACAAGAAUUCUACCACUUUGAAGCUGAAAAAGCUAGGUAGAAAUUCCGUUCCUAGUGAUUUUACCGGUGUUGGUUCUUGCAAUGGCUUGCUUUGUUUCCGAAAAAUAGAUCGUGAUUAUCCUGAACGGAUGAUCCACAGUAUAAGGUUAUCGGUAUGUAACCCUAUAACCGACACCACGUUUAACAACGUCAUAGUACCAAACCAUGGCAAUUACAGUUGGCAUCAUAUGAUUGGGUUUGGUUAUGAUUGCAUGAGCGACGAUUACAAAAUAUUUUAUUCGUCUCCACACGGAGACGGACAUGUUAUUGGUAAAGGGAUAGAACCCGCUAAGUCAUGGGUGUACAGCUUAAAGAGAAAUUCUUGGAAAAGUGUACAACCUCCUCCACAUAGAUGUAACAAGAGUUGGACAAUGGUUACAUCUAAUAGUAAUAAUGUUUUGUAUUGGGUAGGUGGAAAACCUAAUACAAAUAAGAAUUGUAUAUUUGGUUUUGACCUCGAAACUGAAGAGUACCAUGAGGUUAUACCACUGCCCGAUAUUCGUAUGUACCCAUACGAGUUAGUUAAUUUAAAGGGUUGUUUGCAUUUGGUAAACUGUAGGUUGAAUUUUGCGUUUGCAGAUGAGCCUGAGAUUAAGCUUCUUGAGUAUACCAUGAAUAUAUGGGUUUUGAAGAAUUAUGGUUCAAAUCGUGAAUGGGUUAAAUUGAUUGAUCGUCUCUCACUCAAACAAGCGAUAGAAACUGAAUUGGAACACAAUCGGAAUCUUGAGAAUCCACAGUCAAGAAGUGUGUAUUCAUACUGCCAUCCAUUACCGUACGCUUACUCGGAGGAUGAAUCGGAAAUCCUAAUAGGUUUGAGUAAACACAUUAAGGCUUUCGUUUGCUGUGAUUUACAUAAUGGGAAGUUAAAACGGGUCGACAUAAAUGGUGCACUUAAUGAUUGGAAAUAUGGGUAUGAAGGGAUGCCAUGGACUGCUUCCCUUGUUUCCAUCUCAAGCUCCACUUCUUAG